GAGGCAAAACACACACAACACAAAGAACCAUGACAAGAUCCGAUCAAGCGACUUUUUCCGGCCUUGUGCCGAUUUUUUUCUUGCUAAUAUUAUCAGCGGCGGCUCAAGGACCGCCGCCUGAUCACAGAGAGGGAAUGUAUAACAACUACGGCAGGGUAAGUCCCGCCUUGGCGGUGAUCGUGGUGAUCCUAGUCGCUGCUCUCUUCUUCAUGGGCUUCUUCUCCAUCUACUUCCGCACGUGCUCCGGCGUAGCCGACCCAGGCGCUGUGCCUUCUGGUGGUGGUGGGGUUAGAUCCACAGGAACAGUCAACGCAGCGGCGCGUGGACUUGACGUCUCGGUGGUGGAGACUUUCCCUACGUUUGUCUACUCGGAGGUGAAGACGCAGAAGCUCGGGAAAGGGGAGUUGGAGUGUGCUAUCUGUCUGAACGAGUUCGAAGACGACGAAACGCUGCGUUUGCUGCCUAAAUGUGAUCAUGUCUUUCACCCUAACUGCAUCGACGCGUGGCUUGAGGAUCACGUUACUUGCCCUGUUUGUAGAGCGAAUCUUGCUGAGCAGGUAACUGAACCGGUCGAACCGGAUGUUGAAUUGCAGCAAGUGGUUGUGAAUCCUGAACCGGUGGUUACUGCUCCGGUUAUGGCUGAAGUCGAUUCGAGGAGAUUACCUGGAGUACCGGUGGAGAUUAAGCGAGUUAAGUUCUCUAGGUCGCAUACGACGGGGCACUCGGUGGUUCAACCGGGAGAGUGUACCGAGCGGUUUACUCUCCGGUUACCGGAAGAUGUAAGGAAGAGGGUGAUGGAGAAUUGGAAACUAAACCGGUCGGGUAGUGUUGUGGGGAGUUCAAGGAGAGGUAAACCGAUUGACCGGUCAAGGGCUCGGUCUGAUCGUUGGUUGUUCCGUAAAACGCCGUCGUUUAUGUGGAGGAGCAGAGAUGCUGGUUCGAUUAGGCUUGGUUCUACCGGUAGUAUUCGAGCCAAUGAUUCCACACGGUCGGACCGGUGGGGUUUUCUUAGAAACGGGUCGUUAUUGUGGAGGAACUCUUCAGUGCAUAAGGGAGGAGUCAACAAGGACGGCGAAGGAACUUCGGUUAAACCGACCGGUUUAGUUGGGUCAACUAGUGGUUCGGUGAGAUUACCCGUUUAGUUGACUUAUCUUUUCUGGAUGUACCUAUAUUUUUCAUUUUUUGUUUUGUAUGGGAUUGUUUAUAAACACGCAAUACAUUUUCUUUGAUACUUUUUUAUUGUUAGUUUUGUAUUCUUUAGUUUAUGUAACGUGCAUGUAAAUCAAAGUCAAAUCCAGAUAAGAGAUCUACUUUUAUAAAAAAAUGUAUAAAAAGCUUUAAAACAGGUAGAUAACCAUAAAC